AUGACGGCCCGAGGUGACGAAAUUUCACCCGCUAAGAUCCCGCUCAUGAGAAUCAGAAGCGUUGAAAUCGUGUUCGAAGACGAAAUGUCUACUUGCACCGAUACAGGCCUACUAGAUCGUAGUCUGGAAUUGCUUCUCUCUGAUAGCGAUGACUCGACCAAAUGCAUCGAUGAUUUGGAACAUUUGCACAAUGAGAGGGACGAUGAUUCAGUAACACUCAACGCUGAAGAGUUGUCCGAUGAUAAUACUUUACCUGUAAGUAGAAAAAUAUUUCAGCCUAGUAUUAUUAUUUCUGAAGAUAAGGUUGAUUCUACAAUUAAAGAUAAAGUUGAGCUAUCUAUUAUCGAAGAUAGAGUGCUUAUGUCUUCAGUUGAAGAUAGGAUACGUGAUUCUGCGAUCGAAGAUAGAACAAAUGAAUCUACAGUUGAUGAUAGGGCGCUUGAAUCUGCAAUCGAUGAUAGAGUUCCUGAUUCUACGAUUGAAGAAAGAGCCAUUGAAUCUACGAUUUAUGAUAGAGGAUUCGAGUCAAUGAUUGAUGCCAGAGCAUUUGAGUGUACAAUUGAAGACAAAGUACUCGAAUCAAACGAGGACAGCGCUUCGCUAAAUCUCUCGGAGUUGGGUGAUUCCGGCCGUUUCACAGAAGAAGCUUCGACAUCUCAUUUCGACAUGCAGAAAUCAUACGACGACGCCGCGCUUUCUCAUUCAUUCGACGCAGUUAACAUUGAUGACGUCACGAACGUGAAAUGCGACUUAUCCGAUAGUAUAUCUAAUAUGGACGAUAGAUUGUAUGAAUAUAUCGACACCGACAGCAACAGUUCGGAGGAUACGGCGCUAUGCGACGGACCGCCAGAGGUUAGGUUUAUUCAGCAUGACGUAAAUCAAGAUGAACAAAUAUGCGACAGCUAUGAUUUGCAGUAUGAUUCCUUUGUUGAUAUGGGUAAAUUUUGAAUGUUCUAUUUAUUUUAUACAUGAAGAUAGUGUGAAGUUGUAGUUACGGAGAUAUCAUUAAAUUAUGGGCGAACCAAGAACUGAACACCGAUUCUGCCUUUGUAAAACAAGGGUUUUAUAGAACCUGUAUAUAACUAAUAGCUACAACUUCACACUGGUUUAAAAUUAUUUCUGAUGCUACUAUUGUUUGGUGCAUAUUGUUAUAAAAGUAUUAAAUUUUAUCCAUAGUGGAUAUUACAGUAUACAACAUUCCAAUGACAGAAAAUGUUUAGAAUAUAACCUGAGCUAUAUAUACCUACAAACCUUUAGCUAUUGCGCAGAGGGCUAAGUGGUAUGCGGCUCUAGUAACCGUGCCACUACUAGAAUGUCUUGUUAAAUAAAAGGUUUCUCCGAGUCUUAUUUGUAAAUAUUGUUCUUUGUAGAUAAACUUUACCCUAUAGACUGUGGCAUGGUUACGAUAUUUCCGGGGUUGUAAGUCUAGACAAUAGCUCAAUUUCACUAAAACAAUUUGUUUUGUAUAGUAUUUUGUAUUGUUUUACUUUAAUUUUUUGUUACGACGCAGCUUGGGCUGUUAAAUUAGUUUUUCAGGUAGGCGUUACGACACUGAAUAAUAGAUAUAUUUAAUGUAAGAGUAAUGUCAAUAUUUAAUAUUUAUUGUUAACUAAUAGUGUUACAAGUUUAUCUGGUGUUGUCUUUGUAGAAGUGAAUAUGUUGAUACAAUUUUCUUGAACACUCAAUUAGCAGAGUACAAUUAUUAAGAUAAGCUUUAGAUGUUGUACUUAUUAUUAAGUAUUUGCAAUAUUAGGUUAUAUUUUUUGAGCCUAAACCAAGAACGGAUUGUUAGUUGAAAUUGUUGGUUAAAGUAAUUUUAUAAAGACAGAUUUGCAAGUAUGAAAACUGCCAAAUACCUCUUUACAACAAUAAAAGAGAUCUAAAGAAAAUAUAAAUGUUAGCAACCAAAGCCGUAUUCCCUCCUAUGAUUAUAUUAUUACGUUUAAAACAGUUAGUACCUAUAUUGCUAUGUUUUAAAUUUUUAAUUAUAUUGUUUGCUUUGAGCAAAAUUUUGUUGCAUAUUUCAAAAGUAGAGGAACAAUCAGAGAUUUAACACUGUUGAAAUUUACAAUUUUUGCACUUCUUUAGGAACAAAAAUAAAUAUUACAAAAACUUAGCACCUAGAAGCUUAAAAGCAAAAGGAUAAUACUUUAAAUUAUACCGAUAAUAUUUGGAAUGGUGUCAAAGUAUAUAAAACUAUCUACUUAAAAAUAAUUACAUGUAAAUUAUUGUCAUUGUGAUUGAUGUAUCAAAAAUAUUAAAUUUAUUUCUAAAGCAAAAGCUUACAUUUUACUGCAUGUUUUAUCUAGGAAUAUUACAUAAAGAAGUCGCUUUGAAUGUUUAAAAAUUUCACAACAAACUUUGUAGCUGCUCAUAAACACAUUAAUAAUCAAUUAUUAUGAGAUAGCAAAUGUACAUUCCUUGUCACUCCUUGCAUUUUCAUAAAUCAUUACUAUUAUACUCAAUAUUUCAAGUAAUUAAUGAUGCUUUUAGAUCAAAUGGUAUCUUAUAAUAGUACCAAGUAAUAGUGACUAGCGUUUGUGAUGUAACAGAAUUUUUGUAGAUUUAUAAUAUCUGCAUAUCAAGUUCAAUUUAUUAGUACUUAUGUUUUAUUAAAUGUUAAAAAAUGGAAUGCUUACAAAUGGAUGUAUAAAAUUGUAAUCAGUAUUGAUCAGGUUUCAGAUUGAUGAAAUAAAAUUAUAUCAAGUCAG